AUGACUAAACCUGAGUAUUCAAUUUACCCUUGGACGAAGGAAUAUGAUUGGUGUUCCAACUGUGGACGUACAUAUGAAGAACAUCCUUAUAUUACAUAUUCCCUUCAGAACAAAAAGUUUAAAAUUAAUGGAUAUUUCAUUAGGUGUGGCUGUUGCUAUGAUGGUUGCUGCUGCGAAGAUGACUACUUCGAUUGCUUUGACUGCUGUCUAUAUUCUUGGUCGCUCCAGAUUUCCGAUGACAACAAAACAUGGAAAGAAAUUCACAGAAUUGAAAAAGACGAAUCAAUGAGAAGAUGUAACGAAAAAAGUUACAAUUUGGAUAAGGAGUACAUUGCAAAAUAUGUUAGAUUGAUACAAAAUAAGCCCUGCCCUGGUUUCCCACCAUGCAUUGCCUUAAACAAAAUUGAAUUUUACGGUGAUGCAAUAAAUGCGGAUAAUUCUCAAGAUGAGGAGUUUGUUUCUUAUCAUGAUGAUGACGACGAUGUUAGUAUAAUUGGACAUAUAUCAAAGAAUGGAAAAAUGAAUGAAAAUUAA